AUGGCGCUGGCCGCCGCGGCCGCCGCCGCCGCCGCCGCGGCCGGGGUGAGCCAGGCGGCGGUGCUGGGCUUCCUGCGGGAGCACGGCGGGCAGGUGCGCAACUCGGAGCUGCUGAGCCGCUUCAAGCCGCUGCUGGACGCCGGGGACCCGCGCGGCCGCGCGGCCCGCAGGGACCGCUUCAAGCGGUUCGUCAACAACGUGGCCGUGGUCAAGGAGCUCGACGGGGUCAAGUUCGUGGUGCUGAGGAAGAAGCCGCGGCCGCCGGAGGGACCCGAGCCCCCCCAGCCGGCGCCCCCUGGGGGGCCCCCCUCGCCGGUCCCAGCGGAGGACAGCGGCGCCCCCGGAGCUCCCCGCUCCCCACCGCCGGCCGGGGCACCGCCGGAGGACCCGUCCGCACCGUCCGAGCUACGGCACGGCGCUGAGAGCCCGCCCCCACCGGUCACCCCGCCGGAGGCUCCGUCGGGCUCAGCGCCACAGCCGGGGGCCCCCGAGGAGCCGGAGCCACCCGGGUCCUCGGAGGGAGCCUCCCAGGUGGCCGCCCCGGCCGGGGUGCCGUCGGGGCUGGCCUCGCCGAGCCCCGAGCUGCCAGGCCCGGAGCCCACCCCUGCCCCGGCCCCGGCGCCGCCGCAGAAGCCCUGCAUGCUGCCGCUGCGCUGCGUCGCCCCCGGCCCCGCCGCGCUGCGCCUCCGCGCCGAGGAGCAGGGCCUGCGCCGGCAGCGCUCGGAGGAGCCGAGCCCCCGGGGCUCCCCGAUGCUUCUGCGGCGGCUCUCGGUGGAGGAGUCCGGUCUGAGCCUGCCCCUGGGGCCCGGCCGUUCGCCGCACCUCAGGCGCCUGUCCCGAGCCGGGCCGCGCCUGCUGAGCCCGGACCUGGAGGAGGCGCCCCCCGCGCCGCCGCCGCCGCCGCCGCCCCCCGCGGUGCCCCUGGAGCCCACGGAGCACGAGUGGCUGGUGCGCACGGCCAGCGGCCGCUGGAGCCACCAGCUGCACGGGCUGCUCCUGCGGGACCGCGGCCUGGCUGCCAAGCGCGACUUCAUGUCCGGCUUCACCGCCCUGCACUGGGCCGCCAAGAGCGGCGACCGGGAGAUGGCCCUCCAGCUGGUGGAGGUGGCGCGGCGUGGGGGCGCGCCCGUGGACGUGAACGCGCGCUCGCACGGCGGCUACACGCCGCUGCACCUGGCGGCCCUGCACGGCCACGAGGACGCCGCCGUGCUGCUCGUGGUGCGCCUGGGCGCCCAGGUGCACGUCCGCGACCACAGCGGCCGCCGAGCCUACCAGUACCUGCGGCCCGGCUCCUCCUACGCGCUGCGGCGUCUACUUGGUGACCCUGGCCUGAGGUCCGGCACCGAGCCUGACGCGGCCGGCGGUGGCAGUGGGAGCCUUGUGUCUCGGCACCCCGUGCAGGUGGCCGCCACCAUCCUGAGCUCCACCACCAGCGCGUUUCUGGGGGUCCUGUCCGACGACUUGAUGCUCCAGGACCUGGCCCGUGGCUUGAAGAAGUCAAGCUCCUUCAGCAAGUUCUUGGGCGCUUCACCCAUGGCUCCCCGGAAAAAGACCAAGAUCCGUGGUGGCCUGCCGUCCUUCACCGAAAUCUCUCGUCGACCCACUCCGGGGCCUUUAGCUGGGUUGAUGCCCAGUCUGCCCCCUCCAACCUGAAUGGCCUGGGAGCUACCAAUGCCUUGGUUGACCUACCAGGCCCUGGGCCACACUGUCCAAGACAGGCCCAACACCGGUGGCCCGGCUCACUUCCAACUUUAUCCAUUGCAGCCUGCUGUACCGCGUGGGUGCGGCAGGUUUUCUGUCUGAAACUUGAUGUGCCUACAGAGAUGGGAUUCUUGUUCCCCUGGAGAAGGGCCAAGCAGUCAGGCCUGAACUUGGGAGGAGUCAAAGCGUGAAGGGGCAGCAGCUGGUCUGGCCCCUGGACGUGUUUACCAGAGGGCCUCUGCGUGGACAAAUGUGGACACUUUCCUAAAUCAAAAGUAGAGCAAAUCUCUCGGUGUUCAAAGAUGGCCACUUUAAGAUCUGUAGCGGCUUUGUAAUUCGAUGCUUUUAUUCUGUUUUUAAAUUAAAAUGAGGUACAACAACUUUGAUAACACCUUUUGAAAUACUGUUUUUUUUUCCCUUUUUUUUUGGGGGGGGGCAAGGUACUAAGACAUUUUCAGUCUUUUACUAAAUGUUUUGGAAAUCUAUCUUUUAAAAAGAGAUGGUCUAAAGGAAAUUAGUCCUAGCCAACAACACUCAAUAAGUCUAUCUACCUCAUUGUAGGCAGUACAGAUUCUGGAAUCUUGAACAUGGAAUAACCAUUGUGACCCCAAUGAAUGUAACUAAUUUUAAUUAUACUGUGAAUGUCAAAUAUUGAGAAACAAGAGUGUGAAUGGGCUUGUGGCACAUGCCUUUAAUCCUAGCAUUUAAGAGGCAGAGGUAGGUUGAUCUCUGUGAGUUCAAGGCCAGUCUGGUCUACAGAGCGAGCCAGGCCUACACAGAGAGACUGUCUCAAGACAAAACAAAACAAACAAACCCUCAUCAAGCCCCCCAAAAACCAAAACAAGCAAAAAUGAACAAACAAGAUGAAGUACAUCUUGAGAGUAACAGUGAUUUAAAACUAAGAGAGAAAAAGAGACAUUUUGGUAAAUAAUUUUAAACUACUUUGAAAUGUAAAUGUGUUCAGCAUUAACUGGUGGCUGUUUUGAUUUGGCAUGAAAUUUUAAUUUUUUUUAAUUGUGAUUUAACUGUGAAUUCUGAAUCUGUGGUUUUCAGUGCAAUGGGUGACUAUUCAAAGAAAAGUUAUUAUAACCUCUCCCCAAAAAAUCUGAUUAAUAGUAUUGAAAUGAUUAUUACUCUUUUAUAUGAAGAUUCUGAACAAAUAAGUGUGUGAUGUUUAUUUUUAAAAAAAUCAUUUGAAAUAUCAGAUGCAGAGCCUUAUUCCAUUGAUCCAGAAGGAUUAGUUUAACCUCCUUCUGGUGAAUGGAGCAGAAUGGUGAAUGUGGGUGUGGCCAAGAUUUCCGGUUGGGCACAGCAGAAUUGUAAAAGUGCCCUUUCCUCAUUAUUAUUAUUUUUUUUUUGAAGAUGUGAAAUCUAUUUGCUGUAUCAACUUUUUGUAUCAUAUCAUUGUAUUACUGUUUUUGAAAAUUAUGUUUGCAUGUCAUCAGUCGCACUGAAUGGUUCUUGCGACAUGGAGGAGGGUGGCUUCCCUCCCCAGUAUGUCAGUGAGACCUUUGAAAUCAUUAAAGGCAGCCCAGCUGUCCUUCAUGGAACGGUGUGAGCCAUGAAAUAAACAGUUCCUGUUUUUA